AUGGCCUCCUCAAUGACCCUUCCAAAUUUGUACGAUAACUUUCUGUCGACCCUUCCACCGCAACUUCAUCCAUUCUUCCAACUCUCUUAUGCCGUCAAUCAAUCCACUCCAUUCUCCUUUGGAUCCUCCUUCCUCCCCUCCUCGUCCUCUUCUUCGCUCGUGGCUCCAGAGACACUCUACGACAAGGGUAUCAUGGAUCUAUGUAUCACCAUCUCUUGCGCCUUUGGAUUCACUAUUCUUCGAAAUCUGUCCAUGGAGUACAUUUUCUCUGCGUUUGCCAGAUACUGGUUGAUGCCAUCGAGGGAACUGAACAAACUGGAGAAGAAAGCCAUCCAACAUUCAGUCACAAGAUUCGCGGAGCAAAGUUGGAGCUUGACAUACUGUACAGUCUUCUGGUCAUUAGGCAUGGUCAUAUUGAUGCAAUUGAAAGCGCCUCUCUCUCCCGAAUCCUUAUGGGGCAGCUAUCCCGUUCGAUAUCUUCCUGGCCUCACCAAAUUCUACUAUCUCGCUCAACUUGGAUGGUGGCUACAUCAAAUCUACGUGAUCAACUCUGAACAACGGAGAUCGGACCACUGGCAAAUGUUGACACAUCACGUACUAAGCAUCUCUUUGAUCUGCGGGAGCUACGUCGCCAACUUUUCCCGCGUCGGAGUUUUAAUACAUGCGUUGAUGGACUUUUGUGAUAUCCUCUUACCGCUCGCAAAACUCUUCCGCUACCUCUCCUUCUCCACCCUUUGCGAUGUCACCUUUGUUGCCUUUUUGAUCGGCUGGUUGGUCUCACGCCAGAUCGGACUCGCCUUCGUCAUUUACACUUCCUACGUCGACGCACCUAAAUUCAUCAAAUUCCGUUGGAGUCCUCAGACUGGCCAAUAUUUGACUCAGACGACAUACUAUGGUUUCAUCGGUAUGGAAGUCUUCCUCUAUGGCCUCGCAUCGAUAUGGUUCUACAUGGCUUGCAUGGUCGCCGUGAGGGUGGUCACAGGUCAAGGUGCAGCCGACAGUCGAAGUGAUGCUGGAGAUGAGGAUGAGGAAGAGAGAAACGGUGCAUUCCCCGAUGAGAAAUCACCAGAAGGCCAACAAGGACUCGACGUCGAGUUGGUCGAAGCUACCGAGCAUGACGCCAUCAUGAUGGCGGAAUCAAAGGGCCCAAGUGAAGUUCCAGAGAAGCUCAGACGGAGGAGAUAG